AUGAACAACACACUUCUUGGAACUCCGCUCAGCGUAGCUAUCUGUGAUCAACUCAAAAACUCAUUCAGCAGAUACUACUUACCUGAUCAUCAAAAUGAAUGCCAUCUGUCAACCACAACACCAAAGCAAAGUAGCAUAUUUUCUCUUAUAAACAAGCUUGUUAUUGGAAGGAAAGUUGAUAGCUUUUCGCAAGAAGUACGUGAACACGUGAGACUGGGGUCAGCUAUAAGUGAGACUGUUAUGGGAAAGUUGAGUCUGGGUGCUGAAAUUGUUCAAGUUGGUGGAGUGAAGAAAGUGUUCAAGCAUUUCUUCAAUGUGGGAAAUGGAGAGAAACUCUUGAAAGCUUCACAGUGCUAUCUGUCAACCACAUCAGGCCCUUUAGCAGGUCUUCUCUUCAUUUCCACAGACAAGGUUUCCUUCUGCACUGAGAGAUCAAUCAAAGUCUUUUCUACUAAAGGCCACAUGUGCAGGCUCCGUUACAAGGUUUCAAUUCCCCUUAAGAGGAUUAAGUACAUGAAGCCAAGUAGGAAUGUUGAGAAGCCAACAGAGAAGUAUUUAGAGAUUUUUACAGAAGACAAUUUUGAGUUUUGGUUUCUGGGUUUCUUAAAAUACCAGAAAACUAUCAAUUAUCUUGAGAAGGCGAUUUCUCAAGCUAAAGCAACCCAUUGUGGAAGUUAAUGAAGCAAACUUCAUUAAUUAAAGAUAUAGUUUGGUUUAUUAUAAUUGGUAGAUUACACCAAGUGUAUUGCACAUGUAUAUGUCAAUA